CGGCAUAACCCCCUCCAGCAGCCAAACCUACUCCCAAUCCGACAUCAUCAGCGCGCUCUCGUCCGCGCGGGACGGCUACGCCCCGGUGCUGUCCUGUGGGCUUGUGAGGAGGGAGUGUGAGUGGAUGAGGCGGUCUUUGUUUGAUAUUAGAGGAUGUGGAUGCUGUUAUCAUGGAUAGAGGAUAUACGACUACGCUAUGCAGAGAUCAUAAGGGGGGAAUUUCCCCGUUUUCAAACCAGCCUGCACAAACAAAACGCUUCCCCUGCCGACCUUUUCUUGCGACUUACCAGACACAUACAUGUUUCCCAGAGAGCAGUGAGGGACAAGGACAUCGUUGCAUGUAUAGCCCCAUGCAACACCCAGGAGAAACGAAAAUUCAUCAUCGGAAGAGGAGCAGAGGAAAGAAGUGAUCACUUGAUAUCGCAAUAUCUCGCUAAAACCAACCGGCCAAACGUUAAAGCACAACACCACCUCCCAGGUUUGAGGACAACAAUGAAUAAAGACAACCAAUUCCAAACUCUCGCGGUUGUAUCUGUGAUUUCCCCCCCGAAACACCCUCCUCGGAGGAAGAAGGAAAGAGGGUGGCAAAAAGUAAUUUGCUUUCCUCUCAUUCCCUCACUCCCUGCCCGCCUGUAUGUAAAUAAAAAAGUUUUCCCCAUCAUGUCAAAUCCCAUUGGUCGUCGUCGUAUUUCCCUUUUCACUCUCUUUGUGUCGUUGAUCAUCGUCGCCUUGCGAGGGAAGUAAAGAAAGAUGUAUGUUUCCUCCUUCCUUCCUUCUCCUGCUGCCAAAAAACACCCCAGAAUACGAAAAUUCCGCUCUCCCCAUUUGGAGAGAGCGCAGAAGAAAUAAGAUACGAAAAAAGCGCACCGGACCGGUGCGCAAAAAUAUCCCCACAACUCUCGUCGAAGAGAGAGAGAGGAAGAAGGACGCGUUCGCAAUAAUGAUCCAAAAGGCAGAACGCGCCCUGUUUUGGUUGGUUGGGUAGGUUGGUGCUCCUGCCCAG